CAUUCCAAUACUUGAGGUGGUCACAUGUUGCUCAAGAGUGCACUCCAUUCUUCACCGUGACGUGUUUUGAAUAUAUAUGCACGAUUUGGUGGUGCAAAUUCUUACACGUCUAUAUCCUGCCUUUAAGUGGUCAACCCUCUGACGAGCAAUAAUAUAUAUGGACUAUAAGCUUCCGAUUUGAUAAUUCAUGGACAAUUGCAUUAGUCAGAGGAAGCCAAAACGCGGGUGGAAUUAUCUAAUCAGUUUAGUAUUUCUCCAAAACCAAGGGCAGUAAGGCCUAGUAUUGUGGCUUAAGCUCUCACUCAAGUCAUGAUGAGGACCGCCUUCUGCAUUGCCAACAUUAUACUCUCAUAUCAUUGGAUUCAAAGGCCACUGCUUAUUCAUUGACUUCAAGACAGUUUUCGUGACGAUUUUGGUUAAAAGUUCAGCUUUUUUCACGGCCAUGGCGGAACAUUUUGACUUGAAGUUAGAUUUUUCAUAAAAUUUCGUGGACGACUGCGGUGAACUGUUGACGAGCUAAAUGAUUCCGUUGACAACAACUGUGAUUAUAUGCUGUGCUAUUUCAUGUGAUUCGGUGGACAAUUUGAUUAAACGUAGAGCUAUUUCAUAUGAUUCCGUGGUCAAUUGAUGAAAUCAAACGUUGAGCUAUUUCUUGAACACUUGACAUCUAACGUUCAAUCGUUUCAUAAGUUUACAGCUGUGGUGUAACGUUCAAUCACUUCAUAAGUUCCGUGGACAGCUGUGGUCUAACGUUUAAUCAGUUCAUAAGUUCCUUGGACAACUGUCACCUGACGUUCAAUCAGUUCAUAAGUUCCGUGGACAGCUGUCACCUAACGUUUAAUCAGUUCAUAAGUUCCGUGGACAGCUCUCGCCUAACGUUCAAUCAGUUCAUAAGUUCCGUGGACAGCUCUCACCUAAAGUUCAAUCAGUUCAUAAGUUCCGUGGACAGCUCUCACCUAACGUUCAAUCAGUUCAUAAGUUCCGUGGACAGCUGUCACCUGACGUUCAAUCAGUUCAUAAGUUCUGUGGACAGCUGUCACCUAACGUUCAAUCAGUUCAUAAGUUCCGUGGACAGCUGUCACCUGACGUUCAAUCAGUACAUAUCGUGGGCAACUGUGAUCUAACGUGAAGUCAUUUCAGAAGUUGUGUGGACAAUUUUCUGUGAUUUCGCACAUAAGGAUAUCUAAUGAUGGAUGCGGCAUACCUCUGCUUUGUAGUUGCCACUCUUUUCAUCAUUUUCCCCUCGAUGAUUACUGCUCACGCCAAAAGCAAGGAAAAAAGCAACGAAUGUGAUCUGGUCGUACUGGGAUGCAAGUGCUCGAAAGGCUGGAAGACCGUGGAUUGCAAACCCGCCAAUCCUAAAUUGACAUCGGUACCAAAUCUGAUCCCUCUUGAAGUAGAAACGUUGAAAUUGUCAGACAACAGUAUCAAAACUCUUAGCAAUGCAAAUUUAGACUUGCCAAACCUGAAGAAAUUCGAAAUGAAAAACAACGAUUUGACCAGGAUUACGAGGAGUGCGUUUAUCAAGCUCCCCAAUCUUGAGAGGUUGGACUUGACAGGUAACAUUAUAACAUUUGUCGCGCCAGAUGCCUUCCGGAACAACCCGAACCUUUACGAAAUAAAACUCGAAGCGAACCCGCUGUAUUGCGAAUGUGACAUGUUCAAGUUCAAAGAGUGGGCUGCGCAGAACAGCGUAACGCUUUCCAAAGCAAAGUGUGCGAAUAAACUUUGGAAAAACCUCAACGAGAUGAGCGCGAAUGAAUUUGGAAAUUGCCAAGUUGCUGUACCUGCAACGGUUAAACCAGCUGCAGUAACAACUACGUCCACCACCACAAUAGCUGUGACUGACAUUCCCGGUUAUACUCAUCGCUUUGGGGAUUGCCCGGGAAAAUAUAUCAAACUUGUUCCAGGCAGCAUCGACAAAUGUCGUCGAGAAUGUGACGAGGUUACCGAUUGCAGGUCUUUCCUCUGGAAUUUCCUUGGCUCGAGCAGUUACUGUUUCUUAAAGCGCGGCUCCUGUCCUCAGUUGACCCAAGUCCAUAUCAAGAACUAUCACUUCUUUACUAAGAUCGAGAAGACAUGUCCCAAGGACUUCACGAUAACCCUGAAGGGAAACUUCACGUGGCCGGAGACAGCAUCUGGCCAAAUUGCUUCAGUGAUGUGCGAGUACCAACCGCCGGGUGAGAAAAAAAUGGCAUUACUAGCAAGGAGAGAAUGUUCCCUCCGCGAGUCUUUAGAGGCUUACUGGCAAGCACCAGAUCUAUCAGAGUGUCGAUACACGAAUUGGCUCACAGCUAAAUUGCAAGAUUUAGCGGAAGAGGCGAUAACCAAAAAUAACGUCAUCUCAAUGACGGCAAGGCUCGCUGAAAUCUCAACCAAUGUUACGAAUUUUUCUUACGUUGACGUAGCCUUGACGUCCGACACCAUCGACAAUGUGCUUAAAUCUGAUACGGCGUUUACUAGCGCCGGUGUCCAGAAGGAGACGGCCGUUAACCUGGCUAAAACUGUCGGGAAUAUGAUGGACGUGAGUGCUGACACUAUGCUAGCGGCCGAAGAAAUCGAAGGAAACACAGUCACACGCUUGGUCGAACAAGUCGAAACAAUCUCAAAAUAUUUAGAGUUGUUCGGGCUGCCGACGCAAACAAUCGUCCAACCGAACCUAGCCUUUGGAGUGGUUAAUUCUAACCAAGCAUCGAGUGGAGAUGUGUCCAUUGUUCUCAAUCACAUGGCAUUGCAGGAAGCGCUCACUACUGAUAAAGUAAUCAUCCAGGUUGGAGGGAGUGUCAAUGUAUCGGAGGCAGACACAUUUCUGACGAUUCCACAGGAUAUAGCGUUGAAGUUCAAGAACGAAAAAAUGAGCUUCUCUCUUUAUGGAAAAGACACUUUCUUCCGGGCUAUGAACCGCAAGACACAGAACGCCAAGCCCCCUCGCGCGACUACGAACAGCCGCGUUGUCGCCGCGAAUAUUGGCGACCAGGAGAUCCAAAAUCUCUCCACUCCGAUCGUUCUCCACUUUGACUACGUCAGUAAGACAGGCUAUUCCAAUCCUCAGUGCGUGUUCUGGGACUUCGACCUCGCGGGAUGGUCCGGUGAAGGAUGUCGUGUGGUCACCAGCCACAGUGACGGAGCUUCAUGCGAGUGUGAUCACCUCACCAGCUUCGCCUUGCUCAUGGACCUCACUGGGGACGUGGCUGGACUUGACGCGACACAGCUACUGGUUCAGAGUGUACUCACUUACAUUGGAUGCAUUUUAUCUCUGCUUGCACUCCUCUUAACGGUCUUCACACACUUCUUCUUCCACGAAGAACUGCUUCGGGACAACCCAUCAAGAAUUCUGAUGAAUCUCUGCUUUUCUAUCAUCGCUACAAAUGUCAUCUUCAUUUGCGGGUCCCACCACAUGCUUGACGAUGCGGGCUGCAAGGUCAUCGCGGUGUUCCUGCAUUAUACCAUCCUGGCGAGCUUCUGUUGGAUGACCGUGGAGGCAUUCUACAUGUACCUUGCGCUCAUCAAAGUAUUCCAGCCAUAUUGGUCAAAACUGAUCUUGAAAUUGGCCAUAUUUGGGUGGGGCUUCCCUCUCAUACCUAUUGCCAUAACAAUAGGGAUCAAUCGAGACAAUUAUGGUCUACAAGGAAUGUGUUGGUUACGGCCAAUACCUCUAUUUGCUUCUUUUGUUGCACCGGCUUGCCUCAUGCUCGUGGUAAAUUUUGUGAUAUUUACGAUGGUAGUCUGGAAACUGUAUGGAAAGAAACAAGGCACUAUCCUUACUAAGACGGACAAGAAAUCGACCAGCACACAGCUUCGUGGCGCCGCCAGCGUGGCAGUUCUGUUAGGCCUGACAUGGACAUUUGGCCUGCUGAAUAUCGAAGGCGCGGCAUUGGUGUUCAGUUAUCUGUUCAUAGUAUGCAACACACUUCAGGGCGUGUUCAUCUUCAUGUUCUUCUGUCUCUGGAAGAAGCAGGCAAGGAAUGCGUGGGCAAAGAAAUGCGGAUGCAAGUUCUUGAGGCAGGACAGAUACAAGUCCAGCAGCGGAACUGGGAAUGGCAGUUCGGGAACUGGAACAGGUUCAACGGGGUACAGCAAAGACUCUAACUCGAAACAAGGGAAGACGAUCAGUGAUGCCAGCCUCACGUCAGGCGACCUUUCAGGCAAUGAGUUUGUAACACUGAACCACAAGAAUGUCAAGGAAACCAUUGUUCUGAAGCCUGCGUCACAGCGGAAUGAUAAUGGUCCAGCAGUUUUUCAAAAAUGUUGAAUCUGGGGCCGAGUCCAAAGCGCCCCGCAUAUAACCUCGAAUCGCCAGCAGGAAGAAAUAGUGUAGAUUGACAAGUGAUCAACCACCGAUGAUUUGGCGGAAACAAGGCUAUCCUGGCCAGAUCUCAAUUCGGGCAAAACUUAGCUGCCCGCAAACAAUUCGUAAAUAUUAUGUCCGCAUCGUUUGGGGCUCUGGAGGGCAAACUACUGGUCGGAUUUCUUCGAAGUUUUGUUUUUAUUGAUCCUUGCCGCAAAACCAAACAGGAUUUAAGGGGUUCAGCUCUC